AUGUCAGCAUUUCAGGACUUUUUGCAUGGGCUGAAUGCGCUUGGGGGCGGUAGCAGUACUAGUAAUACUACUAGUGCGAGCAACAGUGCUGGCACAGGGUCAACAGGGACUUGGGUCCCCGUUGUGUCCGACUAUGGCGACAACCCAUGGCCCAUCUUCUUCAACGCCAGCGGCCCCGCCAACACCAGUAUUUCACGCCCGAGCAUGGUUUACUGUGUGAGCCAGUACCGCGCCUGGCCGCACCGCUGGGUGGUUGAGGCGACCACGCCCUUCAUCCAUCCGUCGCUGUACGGUCAGUACGGCGGUAGCAAUUCCAGUUUAUUAUCUGGGUUGCCGCCGGCCCUCCAGGAUGCCUUCGCCGUCUCAGCAGCCUACAUUGCCAAGAACGAGGCCAACAGCGACCUGAUCAUGCAGCUGGUCGAGACCAAGACCAACGCGUUGCUGUACAGCCCGGACCAGAGCAACUGGACCAUCCUGAGGCAACUGGCCGCCCUGCAGGCCCUGCUUAUCUACCAGAUGAUCCGCCUCUUUGAUGGUGACAUCCGCCAGCGGGCGCUAGCCGAAGCCGUCGAGCCGGUGCAGGCGGCAUGGACAGCCGCGCUCCAGGCCCGGGUAGGCGGAGACAUCUUCCAGGGCGCAGACUUGCACCUGCAUGCAGGUGACGAUGCCGCCUCCUCGAUGUCGACUAGGUGGCGGCGUUGGUUGUUCAGCGAGAGUGUGCGGCGCACCAUCAUCAUCUCCUUCGUGAUCCGCGGCAUCUACGCCAUGGCAAAGCAGGGGUACUGCCGUCUCGGGCCCGUCGUCACCGACAUGUCCUUCACCAGCGGGUCCCGGCUGUGGGCGGCCAAGACACCAGGGCAAUGGCAGCGCGCUGUUAAUGAGACUGAUCCUGGAUGGGUUAGCCGAAUGAAUUUCUCCCAGAUUGUAGGGCGCGCGGAUCCGGCAAAUGUAGACGAGUUUGGCGUUAUGAUGGCUGUUACCUACAGGGGUAAAGAUGUGAUAGAAGACUGGAUGGCCCGGGAGCUGUAA